AUGCGAAUGUUUCUUUAUAUAUUAACUAUUUUGGGGCUUCUGACGACGACUCUAAGCCAUGUGACGUUUACCAAUUUAAAGUGCAGCUCAAAAGACGUUAAGUUCGUUAAUUUCACAAAAUGUUACAUCAAGGCGGUAAACCGUACUCAUAAGUACGUCGAUAUUUAUUCAAAUUUGUUUCAAACACCAGUGGAUAAUGUCACACUUACACUGAAGUUCAUGCGUCACGAUCACGGGUAUAAGCCAUUUUUCAUAGACGUUACCUUCAAUGCCUGCAAGUUCCUUAAAAAUCAAAAGCAUCCGCUUAUAAAAUUACUGUAUGAUACAUACAAGGAUAGUUCCAACAUCAACCACACAUGUCCCUACAAUCACGAUAUAAUUGUGGAUCAUCUUUGGACUGGAAAUAUCGAUUCGAAUUUUGGGAAAUACAUGCCCAUGUUAAAUGGCGACUAUGCAAUUUUUACCGAAUGGUCCGCAUACAAUAUUGUUCGGGCGGUUGUAAAUGUGUACAUAAGAAUAUCGGAUAGACAGAACUAA